AUGUCGCACAUCAUCUCGUCUGCCAUGUCAGCGGCACAGCAAAAGUUGGGCUCCUCCUCCAACGAUGCUGCUGCUGCUGACCACCAACCCGGUCUCUCUCCCCCACUCUCUCCCGUAGACGACCAAGAUAUCGAGCUAACAGCACCUACUCCUGCCGCUGCUCGAGCCACUCGCCUUCCAGCCACAGCUACUACACCCACUAUGCCUGCGCAUCUCCGAAGCUACCAGAACAACCUUGGCAACGAUAUCACAAUCGAUGUCAACAUCGGCCCCAGCACUUCUUCCACCUAUGCUCGUGCUCAGGGCAGUGCAGCUUUCCACCACGCCCACAGACACCAUACUCACUCUUCUUCGCCUUCGCCUGCUCCUGUGCACGCUACACUUGCUCCUCAACAUGGGGCCGCUGAUGGCAAACUUGGCGCGCCUACAGGGGACAGUGCCGUGACACCAGGUUCUUCUCGUUCCCGUGCCAGCUCCAUCGGUUACGGCGGUCUCGGUCCCAUGACACCGGGCACAGAAGACACCGACCCUUUGCUCCUCCGCUCUCGACUUGUCGAAGAAUCCGAGAUCCGUCGUCGACACUCUGGCAAAGGUCGAAACAAGCGCAACGAGCGUCAGAUCCGUGACUUUUACGAAGCCCAGAACGAACACAUCGAACGUCUGCUCAAACCCAUCUCCAAACACGCAGACGAAGAUAAACAAGGCCGCGAGUCAUCUGCACUCAAAGUCAAGAUUGCAGUCUAUGCUUCCAUCAGUGCCAACUUUGCCCUUGCUGCCCUUCAGAUGUACGCAGCUGUCAGCUCUCUCUCGCUCUCCCUCUUCGCCACUGCUGCCGAUUCGGUUUUCGACCCUUUCGCAAACCUCGUGCUGAACUGGUUGCAUCGUAAGAGCGAGAAGGUUGACGAACGGAAAUGGCCUAUUGGAGGAUCAAGGUUCGAGCCGAUCGGAAACAUUACCUAUGCUGCACUCAUGGGGAUGGUUUCCGCCAUUCUAGUGGUGGAAUCGAUCAAGGAACUAGCAACAGGUGAUCAAGAUAAGGAGCUUCACCUAGCCUCCCUCAUCGCAGUCGGAAUCGCUUUUGUCACCAAGGCUAUCUUGGCGUUGUACUGUUUCGGGCUACGCAAGUACAGUUCGCAGGUAGAAGUGUUGUAUCAAGACCACAGGAACGAUCUCUUUAUUAACGGGCUUGGUAUCUUCACUUCGGCUGCAGGCGCAACUGUUGCUGGUUGGAUCGAUCCCGCUGGUGCCCUUAUUAUCUCUCUCGCUAUCAUCACAAGUUGGACACGGACGGCAUUUGGAGAGUUCAAGACUCUGGCAGGGGUGGCAGCUCCAACGGACUUCUUGCAGCUGGUAACGUACAAUGCUGCGCUGUUCAGUGACGAAAUUCGGGCGAUCGAAAGUGUCAGGGCGUAUAGUUCAGGUCCGAGGUACAUUGUGGAGAUCGACAUCGUCAUGCAUCCCGAGACACCCUUGUGGAAGAGUCAUGAUUUGAGUCAGGCUCUACAGGACAAUCUGGAGAGUCUGCCGAUGGUGGAAAGGGCUUUCAUUCAUGUUGAUCAUGAGGUGGAACAUGCGUUUGAGCAUCGGAAGAGCGUUUAA